UUCCCACCUUACGCGACUAACGAGAUCGGAAAGACUGGCGGCCUGAACAGGAGGGAGCUAGGACACGGCGCCCUGGCCGAGAAAGCACUGAGACCUGUCAUCCCCAAAGACUUCCCUUUCACCAUCAGGGUCACUGCUGAGGUGCUGGAGUCCAACGGGUCUUCGUCCAUGGCUUCAGCAUGUGGAGGCAGCCUCGCUCUAAUGGACGCAGGCGUGCCCAUCUCUUCUCCUGUGGCCGGUGUCGCCGUGGGCCUCAUCUCCAAGUCCAACCCGGAGAAACCCACAGAGAUCCAAGACUACAGACUGCUUACUGACAUUCUGGGAAUAGAGGACUACCUUGGAGACAUGGACUUCAAGCUGGCAGGAACCAACAAGGGCAUCACUGCUUUACAGGCCGAUGUGAAGAUUCCAGGUUUGCCUCUGAGGGUGGUCAUGGAGGCCAUCCAACAGGGCACAGUGGCGAAGCGGGAAAUGCUGGGCAUCAUGAACAAGUGCAUAGCAAAGCCGAGGGCAGCCAGGAAGGAGAACGGGCCGGUGAUCGAGAAGGUGCACGUUCCUGUGUCUAGACGAGCUCGCUUUGUGGGCCCGGGAGGCUACAACCUUCGUAGGUUACAAGCUCAAACAGGAGUGACAAUAAGUCAAAUGGAUGAGGAGACUUUCUCCGUGUUCGCUCCCACGCCAGGAGCCCUCAGCGAGGCGCAGGACUUCAUCAGUGAGAUCUGCAAAGAUGAU